AUGACCAUGUUCCCGUUCUCGACCAACCGAUCCUCCUUGCCGCCGCGCCGCGGGCGUGACCCACACCACCCUGUCGUUUCACACGGCCGCAAGCCCAGGAUGCAUCUGGCAGUGAUUUUCCUCGUUAUUUCCUGUUGGGUCUCCCUGAGCGCUGCUACUUCUCUCGACGAUCCCCCACAACCUACCGAGACAGCAACGCUGCUGGUCGAUACACGAGUUCCGGUCUUCAUCGAUGGUCACUGGCAGAUCAUGUCUGAGGACGAGCACCGCCAGCUCCGUCGGAGAGUGGCAGCGUCAAAUUCAGGCUCCGAGGGUUCCACAACAACAAUCGAAAUCAAUAUUUCCACUGUCACGGCGGCCACGGCGGCACCAACCUCGACCACGGCAGCGGCGAGCGAACUGCCGGCACCAUUUGAUGGUGCCUUGUCCGCCAACUUCUCAAGUGAUGGUACCUGCCCGGAAUUCAUCAACAACUUCCUCGGCAACUCGACUUUCAAGGAGUGUUAUCCGGUCUCACUAUUAAUACAGAGCUCCCAGACGUUCUUCGAAGCCGAGAAAACGUUGGUUGGUAUAACGCAGGUACUCGACGCGGCCUGCAAAGCUGACAUCGACUUCUGCACCGACUUUCUCGGUAAGCUCGCGGAUGAGCUCAUCGCCGAUGGGAACUGUGCCACGGAUUACGAGAUGCAGAAUGCACUGGUGAUGCAGGCCUAUACGGGGAUGAAGGUUUACAACACGGUGUACAAGGCGACCUGCCUGACCGAUCCGGACGACUCGGCAUACUGUUUUGCCAAUGCAGUGACCAAUCUCACGACGGCCUCCAACUCCUAUCUCUACCAGAUGCCUUUCAACAUGACGCUUCCCACAAAUGCAGCUCCGGCCUGCAACUCGUGCACGAACGAGACGAUGGGCAUAUUCCAAGCAGCGACAUCCGAUCGAAACGCCGGAAUAACCUAUACAUAUCAGGGGGCCGCGAAACAGAUCAACUCGAUAUGCGGCGAUGGCUUCGUCAACGAGACACUGGCAGCCGUGACCCCGCAGACAGCCGCGGCAUCCGUACAUCCAGCGCCCUCCUCCUUACUACUGCUGUCGUUCAUCUUUAUGGCCAUCUCGCACUGGCUACUAUAG